GGGCGGGGCAGGGGGCGUGGCCUCACCCGGAAGCGGCGCCGGGGCCCGAGCAGGUCCCGGUUCGGCGGCGGCCGCGGUCAGGAAGGAGCAACCCCCGGGAUGCGCUCCCGCCGCCUCCGGCCUCUCUGAGGGACCAUCCCGGGCACCGAUGGAAACUCGGCCCCCCCGGGCGGCCUCGGGACGCCGGGAACCGGGAUCACUCCCCGCCGGGAACCGGGAUUUCUCCUUCCCCACCGCUGCCCCGGAGCCUCCUCCUCCUCCCGGCUGAUCCCACCGCCCCUCCCCGCUCCCCCCCGCCCGGGGGCUUCGUCCCGUGGGAAGGAAAAGAAUCCAAGGAGGAAAAAUAGGAUCCCCAGGGCGGCCCGGGCUGGCGAGGGCAGGAGCUGCCGCCCCGCUGGGCAGCCUGAGGACCAGGAGCAUGGCGGAGGCGCGGGUCCGGCGGCUCGCCACCACCUUGAUGGAUGCCACCACAGACAAGGACCCCCUGGUCCAGGAGCAGAUCUACAACGCCCUGUGCUACCUGGGGGAGUCUGAGCCCGAGGAGAUCCUCAACUCCUGCGACGAGUACCUGCGGCAGCACGACAAGCUGGCCUAUCCUCACCGGGUGAUCAUCCUCAAGGCCAUGGAGACCGUGGUGAAGGAGAACAUCGCCCUCCUGGACAAGAGCACGGCCAAGGUGGUGAUCUUCCUGGCAUCCAACGAAAUGACCAAGUCAAAGGAGGUGGUCCGGGACUGGCAGCAGGCAGCCAGCAACCUCCUGGUGGCCGUGGGGCAGCGCUUCAUCAACAAGGUGAUGGAAGAAGUCCUCUCCAAGUUCCAGCCCGGGAUCCUGCCCCACUAUUUUGUCCUGCAGACCUUUGCAAACCUCUCGGUGUCCAACGUGUUUGGAAUGGUGCCCUUCCUCAACUCCAUCCUGGGGACGAUGCUGCCCAUGCUGGGCAUGGCCAAGCAGGACCACAUGAAGUCUGUCUUCUGCUACGCUCUGCAGCACUUCAGUGAGAGCAUCCAGGAGUACCUGGCCAACCUGGACAAGGCCCCCGACCCCACGGUCAGGAAGGACACCUUCUCCAAUGAGAUCUUCAGUGCCUAUGAAGUGCUCUUCAACAGCUGGCUGCAGCACAGGGAGGCCAAGCUGAGACUGGCCGUGGUGGAGGCCCUGGGACCCAUGAGUUACCUGAUGCCCGGGGAGAAGCUGGAGGAGCAGCUCCCAAAACUGAUUCCAGGCAUCCUCAGCCUCUACAAGAAGCACACAGAGGCCUUCUACGUAUCCAAGAGCCUGUGCCAGAUCCUGGAAGCUUCUGUCAACAUCGGCAGCCGCAGCCUGGACGUGCAGCUGGACUCUCUGCUGGGGACCCUGCACCCCCAGAUCUGUGCUCCUGCAGAUCCCUCUGUCCCCCUGGCUGUGAAGAACCACACUGAGGUUCUCCGGUGCUUUACCGUGCUGGCCUGCUCCUUCCCGGACCGUGUGCUGACCUUCCUCCUCCCAAAGCUGGAGAGCAGCAACGAGAGGACCCGGGUGGGGACACUGCUCAUCAUGAGGCAGAUCAUCAACAGUGCCCCCUCUCAGAUGGAGAUUAAAAAGCCUUUCAUCCUUUCUUCUAUGAGACUUCCUCUGCAGGACAGCAGCAACAAGGUGAAGAGGGCCCUGGUGCAGGUGACCAGUGCCAUGGCUCACCACGGGUACCUGGAGCAGCCUGGUGGAGAGGCCAUGGUGGAGUUCCUGGUGCGGCAGUGCGCCCUGAGCCCGCAGGCGCAACCCAAGAAGCAGCCCCUGGAUGCUGAUGACCUCACGAGUGACAGUGUCCGGAGCAUCAGCAUCAACACCCUCUUUCUGCUCAGCACCACAGUGCACAGGAUGAACAACGUCCUGUGGCCCUACCUGCUGGAGUUUGUCACCCCCAUGCAGUUCACCAACGCCCUGACCCCGCUCUGCAAGAGCCUCAUGUACUUGGCCAUGAAGAAGCAAGAGGAGGGAGAAAAGGCCUCGCUCAUCCGCUACGACCUGAACGCAAACCUUCCCUCUCCCUACGCCCUCACGACCCGACUGCUGGUUGUCUCCUCCCAGCCCUUCCUGGGGGAGAGGCGCGGGGCGGCCGCGCUGCGCCUGCUGCUGGUGCUGCCCCGCAGCCUCCACCCCGCGCUGGAGCCGCUCUGGAGCAAGAGGGUUCCUCUCCUGGUGGAGCACAUAGAAGAGAACACAGAGAAGUCCCUGUCCCAGAAGGAGUGGGAAGAGAAGCUGCUGCUGUUCCUCCAGGAGACACUGGCUGCUGUGCCUGACACCUCCUGGGCUUGUCACUUGGUCACCGAGAUGUGUCGGCAGCUGAGCAGCUACAGCGGGAUCCCCACGGAGAAGAACUUCCUGUAUAAAUGCAUCGGGACGACCCUUGGUGCCUGCACCAGCAAAGACUUCGUGCAGAAGCAGCUCCAGGAGCUCCUGGAAACAGCCAGAUACCACGAGGAGGCAGAAAGGGAGGGACUCGCGUGCUGCUUCGGGAUCUGUGCCAUAAAUCACCUGGAGGAGACCCUGGCCAAGCUGGAGGAGUUUGUCAAGUCUGAUGUCUUCAAGAAAUCCGUGGGGCUGUUCAGUAUCUUCAAGGACCGCAGCGACACCGACGUGGAGAAGAUCAAGAGCAGCCUCAUCCUCUGCUAUGGGUACGUGGCUGUUUAUGCUCCCAAGGAGCUGGUGCUGUCCAAGAUCGAAGCAGACAUCCUGAAGAACAUCUUCCAGUACUUCAACACCAAGGUUCUGGGCAUAAAAAUAGAAACCAAGGACCUGACCCUGAAGCUCUGCCUCAUCAGGAGCAUCUGCAUGAUCAGCCAAGCCAUCUUCAACGGGGGGAAGUGUGGGGACUUCAUCUUCUCCCGUAAAGCUGAGCUGGUGGCCCAGAUGGUGGAGUUCAUCAGGGCCGAGCCCCCGGACGCCCUGCGGACGCGGGUUCGCCAGCGCGCCAUGGCCGCCUGCACCUCCCUGCUGGCCCUGGAGCCCCAGCUGAGUGACCCCGACAGGACAGAGCUGGUUGACACCUGCCUGGCUGGGGUGCUGGCCCUGCCACCUGAGACGGGGAAGGAGCGGGAUGAGAAUGGAGCUGACGUCCUGCAGAAGGAGAUGCUGUAUGAUGACACCAUGAGUGCCCUCAAGGACCUGCUGAAGAGACUCCUGCAGAGGAACUUGACCCCCCACGGGCUGCAGGACAUGUUUGCACAUUUGGGCCCCUGGAUCAAGUCCCCGAAGGAGCAGGAGCGGCAGCGCGCGGUGGAGCUCAGUGCUGCCCUGCUGGGCUUCUACCUGAGCAAGCUGAACGUCAGUACUGUCAUCCCCUUCUUCAACCUGGGGGUCCUCACCGCCCUCUUCGCCCCGCGCUGCUCCGACGCCCUGGGCAGCGUUCGCCGAGACGCCGUCGACUGCGUCUACUCCCUGCUCUACAUCCAGCUCUGCUACGAAGGUUACGCCCGGGACUACAGAGAUGAGAUGGUGGAAGGGCUGCAAGCUCUGAAGAAGGGCCUGGAGGAGCCCGACUUCACUGUUCUCUUCCACACCUGCAGCAACAUGGCCAUGGUGAUCGGGAGACGCGUCCCCCCGGAGCAGCUGAUGAGCCUCCUGCUCUCCAUGUUUGAGGGGCUGGUGGACCCGGACACCAACUGCUCCCGGGCGGCCACUGUCAUCAUCAACUGCCUCCUGAAGGAACGUGGGGGAGUCUUGCAGGAGAAGGUUCCUGACAUCCUGAGCAUCAUCCACAGCAAGCUGGAGGAGGUGGAUGAGGAGCACAUCCGGAAGGCAGCCCAGCAGACAGUCUUCAUCCUGGCCUCCCAGCACAAGAGCGUGGUGGUCUCCAGCCUGCUGGGCAGCUCCCUGCCCUUUGACAGCCACACCUGCGCCAUGUGGAGGUCCCUGGCCAGCGAGCCCACCCUCACCUCCCAGAUCCUGGAGCAGCUCCUGGAGAAGCUGAGCAGGGACGUGCCCUACAAGGAGAGCAGGGGCUUCCUGCUGGGCAGCAGCUCGGAGCGCGUCGCCACCCUCCUGCCCCUGGCCGCCACAUGUGCUCUGCAUGAGAUCAUGUCUGCGCCGGAGUCGGGGCCAGCGGUGCUGGGGCUCUACCCGCUGCUCUUCGUCACCCUCCUGCUGCGCCUCAGCUGCACCCUGGGGGUCCAGCUCCCGAGGAGCCUGCAGGGCAGGGAGAAGAGGAGCAGCAGCAGCCAAGGCCCAGCUCCCCGGAGCCUGCAGCCCUGCAGCUCUGCGGUGCAGACCCUGCAGGUGCUGCUGGCCCGGGCUGGCUCUGAGCAGGUGGCCCAGGCCGUGGGCAGCGCGGGCGGCUGGGACAUGAUGGCGAGUCCUGAGAGGCACCACGAGGGCAUCGCCCUGCUGGCCGGCGCCAUGGCGCGGCACGCCGGGCCCCGGCUGCCCCUGGUGGUGAAGAACCUGAUCCCCACGCUCAGCAGCGUCUUCGACAGCCAGAGGGUCACCACCACGGCCUUCUUUGCAGAGCUCCUCAACAGUAACGUGGUGAACGACCUGAUCCUGCUGGAAACCAUGCUGGACAACAUGACAGGGAGGCAGAAGGAUCCCUGCCAGCUGGUGCGGGUGCUGGCGCUGCGGGGACUGGGCAACGUGGCCUCGGGAUCGCCCGAGAAGGUGAGGAAGCACGGGGCCAAGCUCCUGGCCUCCAUGGUCAAUGGCAUGGAUGACAAAGAUGACCCCAACAACCUGGUUGCCCUGGAGGCCAUGUCCAGCCUCUCCAAGCUCCUGGAUCACGUGGAAGAGAGAGACAUCCAGUCCAUGCUCCUCCACAUUGCCAUCAGGAUCCGGCCUUUCUUCGACAGCGAGCAGCCCGAGCUCCGCCAGUCCUCCAUCGUCCUCUUUGGCAACCUCACCAAGUUCAGCCAAGUCAACUGUGAAGUUUUCUUCGAGCAGAUCCUCAAUGGGCUGGUCCCACUGCUGCUGCACCUCCAGGACCCCAAGCUGGAGGUCAUCAAGGCCUGCAAGUUUGCCCUGCGCAUGUGUGGGCCCAGCAUGGGCUGUGAGGGGCUCUGUGACAUGUUCCUCAACCACCUGCGGGAGGAGCGGAGCCUGCACUACGGGGAGUUCAUGAACGACGUCUGCAAACACCUGAUGCAGAGCUACCCAGAGAUGCUCAACCGCCUGGUCUCAACCAACCUCUUCUACUUCAAGAGCACCUGGGUGGACAUCCGAGCAGCUGCCCCCAUGUUCAUUGGCUUCCUGGUGCUGCACGUGGAUGAAGAACAUGGUCAUCAAGUGGACCUGGACCAGCUCAUUUCAGCUCUGAACCUGCUCCUCAAGGACCCCGUUCCCGCCGUCCGGGUGAAGGUGGCCGAGACCUUGGGUCGCCUGGUCAGGAUCCUGUGACCCCAGGACCCCCCUGCCACCCCCAGCAGCAAUAGGUGGGUGGGCUCCUCGGCCCCCAGCCCCACGGCCACGUCUUCCUGCCUCCAGCACCUGCCCAGGGGCUGCUCCUCCUGCCUCCCACGGCAGCUCCAGCCUCUUCCUCUGCUCCCACCACCCCACGGGGACAACCCGGCACCUCCCACGUCCCCUCCCAGGAUCAGCUCGGCACAAACUGUGGCCACCAGGGUGGGCCAGAGGACACGGGUGGGCAGGUGGCCCCUCUUCCGCAGGCUGCUGGAGAAAGGGCUCCUUGACUUGGUUGACUUAUGGGAUGAAGGGCCUGGGGCAGGGGAACGUGGUGGCAGCACGUGGAGGGAAGGGGCUGGAGCUGGGGAUGGGGCUGGCAGUGUCCCCAUGUCCCCCCAAGGGGGGUGGCAGUGACCCCAGAACCCCCCCAGGGGGGUGGCAGUGUCCCCACACCCCCACAAAUGGGUGGAAGUGUCCCCACGCCCCCACCAGGGAGGUGGCAGUGACCCCAGGACCCCCCCAGGGGGUCUGGCAGUGACCCCAGCACCCUCCCAAAGGGGUGGCAGUGUCCCCAGGACCCCCCCAAGGGGUCUGGCAGUGACCCCAGGACCUCCCACAAGGGGGUGGCAGUGUCCCCAGGACCCCCCACCCACCCCGAGCUCCAGCUCAUCCUGGAGCAGGGAUGGAUCCUGAGCCCCCACCCCAAGGUGCCUCCAGCCCCUUGUCCCACCUUCCUGGUCCCUGAUGCUGAACACGGGGUCCUGCCCCCCCAGCCCCCGCCCCCCAGGUCCCCCCAGGGUGGGUGUGACCCCCACCCCCCCACAUGUACAUAGAGGGUUUUUAAAUAAAGCUCUUUGCUCCCCA